GUCGAUAUUAAUACGAGAUGUAGGACAGGUGAUACAGCAAUACACCUGGCUGCUAAAUAUCAGAAAUGGCAAAUCGUAAAGCUGUUUGUAGAAGAAGGUAUAAUAACAGACGAACUAGACAGUGAAGGCUUUUGUAUUCUUCACAGGUUGGCUAUGGAAAAUAAGAUUGAUGACACUUUGCUCAGUUCCUUUUUGGAGAUCAGCAUUAAUCCUCGUUCUUUGUCUGGAGACACAGUGUUGCACAUGGCCGCAAAACACGAAAAAUGGCAGCUGGUAAGGCGCCUAGUAGAGCUCGUAGAAAACAUAGACGAGAGAGAUUCUGAGGACUUGACUGUCAUCCAAAGACUCGUUGUGUCUAAGGAUGAAGCUCGGUUGCAUAGAGAAUUAUUCUCUCGCCUCAUUGAACUCGGCGCUGACUACACCUGUCGAGAUCAAAACGGCGACACUGUGUUACACCUGGCGGCUAGAAAUGGCCACUGGGAGAUUGUCAAGUACCUUGUGCAGCUUGGAGAACCAACAGACACGCCAGACAGCGAGGGUUUUGUAAUUCUUCACAGAGCAGUAACAGCAGACACUGGAGAUUCUUGUGCGCAAGACAUGCUUUGUUCCAUUCUAAAAAGUAAUCCUGAAUUGAGCAAACGAACAAAACAUGGCGAAAUGGCCAUACAUCUAGCAGCUAGAUAUGAACGAUGGGAAACUGUCGUGAUCUUGCUAGAGCAUGGGGCAAAUGUUUUUGAUUGCGACAGUGAGAAUGUCAGUGUUCUUCAACAAAUAAUUAAGUGUCAGUCUUCCUUUCCCCUUGCAUUGCCCAUUCUUCAACGAACAGUCGUAAUACAUACAGCAGAACAUCAUUACAAUUUAUACAAUACACUUGUAUGUGAAGCAGCAAAAUGUAGUAAAUGGGAUCUUCUACAAUACUUAAUAGAUGUUUGCGGGGUCAAUAUAGGCAAACUUGCUUUAGAUGGCUUGAGUUUGCUACACAUCGUAGCCCAAACUAAGUUUACACAGUACCCUCAUCAAAUUAUCAGUGAACUUGUCAAACGUCUUCUGAAUAAAGGCAUGAAAUUGGAAGACAGAUGUCCAAAUGGAAACACACCACUGCACUUAGCAGCUAAAUCUGACAACUGGGAUUUAGUCAAGUAUUUAGUGGAGCAAGGGGCGAACAUUCAAAGCCCCGACAGUGAGGGCCUCCUUGUGCUCCAGCGACUGGCCAUGUCCAGCAGUUAUGGUGAGAAUCAGCGGGAAUUCCUAAGACUUCUCAUCAAAAAAGGAGCUGAUGUCAAAGUGCGUGACUCCAACGGAAACUCUCUGCUUCAUCUUGGUGGCAAAGCGAACAACUGGUCCUUUGUUUUACAUAUCAUACAAGAGUCUACUGACCUUCAACCAGAAGAGCUUGACAAUGAUGGCUUCAACUUGUUGCAUAGGUUGGCACUGUUUGACAAGCUUUAA